AUGUCAAAAUUACCCAUGAAAUACUCGUCGAGUGUCCACACAAUUGAAUACCAAAAAGCGAGUCAUAAGAAUGCUAUGCGUUCUGGUGUUGGAGUUUUUUAUAUGUUGGACACCUGUGUAUGUAAUCAACAUAUGGGCACUCUAUUGGCCAAAACAAAUCUAUUCAACUUUGAGCCCAACAAUCAUAUCAUACAUACAUUUGUUAUCAUACCUGAGUUCGUGUACCAAUUCUAUCACAGCACAUAUUGUAUCGUGCUCUUUUAA